AUGGCGAUGAAUGGAUGUAUAGAGACCAACAGGAAAGAGUUGAGUCCAGUGGACUCUUGGAAGAUGAUGAUGAGCCUGGUCCAGUUCUCCUCCAUGCUGCUGUGUUACCUCUGUCUUUCUGAGGGGAAGAUUUCAGAAUAUCAACUGGAGUCUGAGACCCUGAGUCAGUGUGAGUCUCUACGUGGUGGUAGUUCUGCCCGGCAACAAGACCAUGUCCCCCAGUGCUCAGAGGAUGGGCGAUUCAGACACGUCCAGUGCAGCGGUGCUGGUGGUGAGUGCUGGUGUGUGAACGCAGAGGGAGCUGAGAUCUCUGGAUCCAGACAGAACGGAUCAGCUGUGUACUGUCUGACGUCCUGCCAGCUCCACAGACAGCAGGCCCUGCUGAGUGGCGAUGCCCCCCUGGUGCCCCAGUGCCAGGCCUCUGGGGAGUACCAGGCGGUGCAGUGUGACAGCGCCCGGGGACAGUGCUGGUGUGUAGACCUGGAAGGCAUGGAGCUCUACGGGACCCGGCAGAACGGAAAGCCCUCUCAGUGCCCAGGCAGCUGUGAGGUGAGGUCGAGGCGUCUCCUCCACGGCGUCGGGGAGCGCUCCCCCCCUCAGUGCUCGGCCGAUGGCUCCUUCCUGUCCGUGCAGUGCAAGUUUGUCAACACCACUGACAGGAUGGUCUUGGACCUGCUGCACACGUUCAACAGGUUCCCUAAAGUAUUCCAGACGUUCAGCAGCUUCAGACAGAUGUUCCCAGAGGUGUCCAGUUACUGUUUCUGUGCUGACAGCAGAGGCAGGGAGCUCCCCAGCACAGGUGUAGAGCUGCUGCUAGAUGAGGUGUACGACACAGCCUUCUCAGGUCUGGAAUCAGGCCGCUCCUUCUCCCAGACCAACAUGUACCGUAUCCUACAGAGGAGGUUCCUGGCCAUCCAGCUGGCGAUGAGUGGCAGGUUCAGAUGCCCCAGCCCUUGUGAGAGUGAGCGAUCCGCUGGUGCCCAAGCUGGCAAUGUGUUUGUGGCGUCCUGUGCUUCCGACGGGGGCUACGUGCCAACACAGUGCCAGGCGGGUGGGCAGUGCUGGUGUGUCGACCCCACAGGGAAGGAGAUCUUUGGGACACGACAACAUGGAGGACACCCUGACUGUGGUGCUGGAGUGAAGGACUGUACCUCUGAGCGUCGCCAGGCCCUCUCCAGGCUCCUCUCCAGCCCCUCAGGUCAGGUGCCAUCAGCCAAGGACUCACAGACACACCCAGUCCCAAGCCCCCCGUCUCCAUGCAGCCCCCAACUCCAACAGCUCCUGCUGGGGACUCUUGGAGAGUCCCUUUCCGAGCGAUCCGAUUUAGGAGCCAUCCUGGCUGAGACGAUCCAGGGGAUGUUCCCUAGUGGGGCCAUGGCCCUCAAGGCCCUAUCUCUAGCCUCCAACCCCAAGAGACUCCAGGAGAACCUGUUCGGAGGAAAGUUCUUAGGAAACGCUGGGAUGUUUAACUUCACUGGGGCCGUCGGUGUCAGUGGCACGUUGAGUUUCAGUCAAGCCAGUCUGGCAAACAACCAAGAUCUGGUUCAACUCAUCAGCGCCACCCUGGAAAACGGAGACUUCCUCUCCACCCUACGCCAAACCAUCCUCUUAUCCAAAGCCGAGGACAGCACCCAGCUAGGUGAGCUGUUCAGGGUCCUGUUUGAGAGCGCCCAGUCCGGUGGUGCUGGUUGUGAGAGGGAGCCCUCUGCCCUGUACGUGCCCAGCUGUGAUGACAGCGGCCAGUAUCAGGAGAUCCAGUGCCAAGGCUCGGAGUGUUGGUGUGCUGACCCCAAGGGUCCUCCCCCUCUCUCUCCCCUUCCCUCCCCAGGGUCAGCUCCAGGCUCCUGUUCCCUGGCAGUGGCUGAGGUGGACCAAUUCCAGGAGGAGGCUGAGCGUCUGGUCCUCCUCUCCAACAGCUCCCACAUCCCUCUGGGCUACAGCUACCUGCUGGCUGAAGGUCUCCGUCUGACCUCUGACGAGCUACUCCACGCCCUCUCCUCCUCCGACCAGACCACGCUGCUCUCUGAUAGGCUGCUGAGCCACUCACACUCUGCUCUACGACUUGCUGCCCACUCCACUCUGAGGUUCUAUUGGCAGAGCCAGCAGGCAGCAUCUGUGGAGGAGAGACAGUCUCUACUGCUGGGCUACCAGCCCUACAGGCCCCAGUGUGAUGUUCACAGACAGUGGCUGCCCACCCAGUGCCACCCCAGCACAGGUCAGUGUUGGUGUGUGGAUGAGGAAGGAGGAUACAUCCCAGCUUCCCUGACCAGUCGCUCCCUGCGGAGACCACAGUGCCAGACCCGGUGUCAGAGAGGUUAUGCUCAGGCUCUGCUCUCUGAUUGGACACAUUCCUCCUACGACCCAACUUGUGAAGUGGUGAAUAUCCUCAGUGGCCAGUUCUCUGUGCUCCAGAAGGGGUCUUCAGGUGGAGCCUGGUGUGUCAGUCCUGUUUCUGGGGAAACCAUCCAGCCUGCUACCCUGAGUCCCAGUGGAGACCUCACAUGUCCUAGCUGGUGUCAGUUGUUGAAAGACAGAGGUCACUCUGUGGUGGAUUAUGAGCCGGAGUGUCAGGUGGAUGGAAGGCUGUUCUCCCCGCUGCAGUGUGACCAGACAGACUGCUGGUGUGUGUCUCAGACAGAUGGACAGGAGCUGCCUGGAACCAGGACGCCACGCGACACCGGGAAGACCCCAGCCUGUGACAGUCCCCAGUGUCCCUCUCCUUUCUCUGACAUCACCGUUACCUACGGUGACGUGGUCUGUCGCUCUGACGUGAUUGGUGGCCAGCAGAACUGUGACCUCAUCUGUCACCUGGGUUACGAAAGCACACUUCCUGUAAACAUGCAGUUACUGUGUGACGUGGAGACAAGAGCCUGGGUGACAGAGGCCCCACUUCCUCAAGCCUGCCAGAGACUUCAGGUGCUGCAGACCGUCCAGACCUCUGUGGUGCUCCAGCUCACCCUGCGUCCAGGCCAGGGACCCUGCAGCUCCUCCCUCCACUCCAGCCUGCACACCUCUCUACUCAAUGACAUGAGGGCCAAGGGUCUUUGCAGCCUGCAGCUGACGUCCGUCUCUGUGUCAGUGUGUGAUGAGUCGUCCGUCUCUGUAGAGUGUGUGAGUGAGGAAAGCGUCAGUGUUCAGGUCAGCUGGAGGGCUCUUCUCUCAGACCUUCCUGUCUCUGUUCUGCCUGACCUGCAUGACGUCGCACCCAACUUUGGCUGUUCCCAUGGCUACCAGCGUGUUUGGAACAGGAUGUG